UGUCUCCUGAUACGAUGAAUCAUGUUUGUGUAACGCCUUUUUUCUCACGUACAAGUCUCACGUUUUCUUUUGAAAUCACGCUGGAUUCUCCUCUUGUCACAUCUGCCCCCUUCGCUUGAAACCUGGAGGUGUACUUCAAGAUUUAUCCUAAUCUUCAUUCUGCCACACCUCCUACCUCUUCCUCGCAACAUCAAUCCUACCUUUCAGCAGAACUGAGACGCGUCUACCUCCUUGGAUCUGUUGCAUUCCGUGGGCAUGCUUCAUCAGUCGCUCCUGUUGGAAGAUUCGUUUUCUGUAGAUAGUCAGGGUUCCUAAGGAGAACACCUUGCAUAUACAGCAUGUGAGAUUUUUGUGCCGUGCCAGUUCCGUUGAAAGAGAGUGUUCAAUUUCGCUGCGGAGCGACCUGAAUCUAUUGCAUCCAACUUCAGGCUGAUUGGGUUCACGGCAAUUCGGAGGACGAUGCGGAGGACGAUCGAGGAGAUGGUAGGCGACGUAUGGAUCUGGGUUCUGAUUACGAUGGUUGUGGCUGUGAUUGUGGGAGUUGGGAUCGAUAAGAAGACCAAGAGGGGGUUGAAGCUGCCGCCGGGGCCGCCGGCAUGGCCCGUCGUCGGGUGCUUGGCGUCGUUGCCUGCCGGGCAUCCCCCGGAGGUGAUGUUUGCGAAGCUCGCGGAAAAGCACGGGGAGCUGAUGCUACUGUGGUUGGGCUCCAAGCCGUAUGUGGUUGCGUCGAGCGCGCGGAUGGCUAUGGAGUUUCUCAAAAGACACGACCAGGAGUUCGCGAACCGGCCCAUGAGCGUUGUCCGCGAAUACGUCUCCUUCAAAGGGAAUUCCAUCAUCUCGAUGUCCGCCAGCGAUCCUAAAUACCAGCGUCUGCGGCGCACGUUUGUUAUGGAGCUCUUAUCACCCAAAAAGAUUGCUGCAACGAGAGAUCUGAGGAAGGACCAGGUGCUGAAAAUGUUGCGAGCAAUUCGUGAAGAUUUAGAUGCGAAACACGAAGCCAAUUUCACUGAAGCCGUUCUAACUCUGGGUAUGAGCCUCAGCAUUGGCCUUCUAUUUGGAAGGGACUAUGGCGGUAAGGUCUUCUCCGAGGAGAUCCAGACCUUGGUGCUUACAUUUAAAACGAUGGUAAAAUAUUUAUCAAUGAUAAACAUCAGCGACCUCAUUCCAUCGCUUCGGUGGCUCGAUCUCCAAGGCAUCGAGCGUGGGCUCGGGCUUGGGGAGGUCCAGCUGCGGAAGAGUAUUAUGGCUUUGAUUGAGCAGAAGCGACUGGAUAAAAUUAGGUUGUCAUCGGACGAGAUUGAAAGUGGCGCCUGCCAAAGGGAUAUCUUGAGCAAGCUCUUGUCACUCGAAGGCGAGGAUCGUUUGGACGAUGACCAGCUAAUGGGAGUUGUCUUUGCCUUAAUGCUAGCAGGAAGCGACUCGAUAUCCAGAGGGGUUGGAAGAGCCAUGCAAGAGCUUUUAAAGCAACCGCUUCUCCACCAGAGGGCUCUUGACGAGCUUGACGAAGUUGUUGGCAGGAGGCGCCUUGUUGAAGAAUCGGACAUCUCUAGCCUACCUCUCAUCAACAACAUCAUCAAGGAGACGCUCCGCUUGCACCCACCAGCCCAGCUCCUUAUCCCGCAUGGUAACGUCGAGCAGUGUGAAGUUGCAGGAUACCAUAUCCCUGCGAGAUCCACUGUGCUUGUGAAUUUGUACGCUUUGAGUCGAGACCCUUCCUUCUGGAACUCACCUUUAGAGUUUGCCCCGGAUCGCUUCGUCGACUCCAAUCUUACCGUGCAGGGAAGUGACUUUCAUUACAUUCCCUUUGGUUAUGGCAGACGUGGAUGCCCUGGACUUAACCUCGGUAUGAUCACCGUUCAAUAUGCCCUCGCUUUGUGCCUGCAGUGUAUUCUCUGGCGCCUUCCUGCUGGUGCUACGAUCAGUGAGACUUACAUAGAUUGGAAGAAUUCUCCGGAUCUUAUUGUAGAUGGAGACCUGCGUGUCGAUCUUCAUCUUCUUGAGGGGCUCUAGCGAUUGGUAGAGAUGAGUUCUUGCAUUGCUUGCUGUUCCUGAGCUGUUCGAAAUAUAAAACUUUACUUGCUAUCCACUUGGUGCAGGUGGGCUCGAUUACUGUACAGUUUAGCCAACGGUUUUAACACAGUGCUAUGAAGUUAUGUCUGUGGAGUCGUCAUUUACAUCCCUGACAAGCACUUUCUUGACUCUUCUAUUGAAGAGUCAAUUCUAGCAGUUGGCGGUCGCUUGAUCGCAGGUUGAUGCAAGAUUGCAGGCAUUACCUACUGCACAUGUGGCGCAUGUUCUGGUUUCUGGAAGAUGCCUUUUGUAUAUAUACACAUUUCAGAUGGCAAUGCAGCUAAUAUCGAGGCUGCGGUAGAGGCUCGAUGAUCUCUUCCAUGACUCGGUUGUGGAUGAUCACUGCAA